AUGAUACCCCAGAAAAGUCCUGUCGGCACAGACCCUUUGUCCCGGCAUUAUCUCUCCACAAAACGAACCAUGUCAGCAGUGAUAGAACCCAUCACCACAGGCCUAAGCCUCUUCAACGAGUCUUUCACAGUCGCCCAAACCAUCCAAGCUUUGAAAGGUGCCCCAGAAGAAAUCCAACGCGCCGUCCGCUUGAUCUCCAGCGUCCAAGCCGAAAUCACCAACGCAAAAGCCCUCCGCGACAGAGUCUUCGACGUCAAAAGAUCCGAAACCGCAAGCAAUGAUGACUUUGGAGAAAUUCAAGAAGCCAUCCGAAAUCUGGACGAUCUUAUCACCUCCAGCGCCCGUUCCCUUCAAGCCAAACCAGAAGACCAAUCCCCAAAACGUCGAGAUGAUAAAGACGCCAAACGUCCGAAGACCACAGUGAGGAAACGGUUUGGCUGGGUUGUAGGGGGGCAAUCCCAACAUGACGCCAACAUGCAAGAACUCCAAGUCCACUACCAGCGUUUCGUGGCUGCCAAAACUUUGCUACAAAACCGGUCGAAGGAACCACCCCAGGGGAGGAGUCCGUCGUUGCCAUUCGGGGACUUGGAGGUGAUGAGCUCCGAGUCGCCCAGCGGCGGCAUUGGGUACUACGACCCGAGCCCUACUGGCAGCAACAACCAGCUGCUUCUCUUUCCUACGAGUUCGACAGGGCAUAUACCAGUUUCACCGAGGAGGAGCAUAGAGAGGAUGCUCUCCGAGCAGGGCGAGUCCGACACAGAGCGGCUGAGCACCACGCAGAGUAGUGUUGAUGGUGGGCAGGGGAGUCAACAAGUCGCAACUCCACCUCCGACCCUCCCAGCCCCUGACCGCCCCGAAGUCUUGAUAUGGACUGUUUCAGAGGGCCCAACAGUGGAAGAUACCUUCUUUGCACGCAAGCGCAAAAGGAGGAGAAAGGAUAGUUAUUAGCGCCAAGACAUAAUACAACAUCAACAAGAGAUAGAUAUCACCACAGCUCCUCCUAUUUGCAACCCAACCCCCCUCCCACCACCACCACCACCAAAUGGAAUAACCACCAGCAUCACCAAAAGAAUAGCAACCACCAUCAUCAUCACUAAAAAAGUGUGAUGAAAAUAACCAAGAUCAAAAGAAGGGCUCAAUCGGGAUUCGAACCCGAGACCUCGCACAAUCAUCAUCAGAAAUUCUGAUGGGGCUUCUCGACUUUUUUUAAAGUUCAAGAUUAAUUCCCGAAGCGCGAAUCAUACCACUAGACCAUUGAGCCAGUUCAAUUUCGAUGAGACUUUGCAACAGGUGUUCAUUAUUUCAUGGGGCCAGUGUGGCUGGGGGGGCAAAGACACGCCGCAUGAGUCAGCCCCGCCGGGGGUUUUAUUUACAGGAUCCACUUUUCCC